AUGUAUGUCAUCGGUUCCAACGACACCAACGAUAUUGAAAAAAAUGCCGGCACCUCUGUCAUAGAAAGCCCCGUCCUCACCAAGAUUCAAACGUCCGAUUGCGGGAAGUUUGUAAAGUUGGGCGAUCACCAUUUCGAUAAAGAAGAAUUCACCAAAGCGCUCCUUCCAAACGGUGGUGACUUCAGAGUCGGAACCUACUCUCAACCUGAGCGCAAGUUCGGUAACCCUGCUCCACUCGGACUUGCCUCCUUUGCUAUUUGCUUGUUUACUCUAUCUUUGGUUAAUCUCAGUGCCAGAGGUGUCACUAGCCCAUCAGCCUUGGUUGGAGCGUUUAUUUUCGUGGCCGGGUUGCUUGAGAUCUUGGCCGGGAUGUGGUGUCUUAUUGUGGAAAACACCUUUGGUGGCACCGUCUUUUCGUGUUUCGGGGGAUUUUGGUGCAGCUACGCCUUCAUCUUGAUCAAACCACUCGCGCUCACGGAGGCCUACGCCACACCUGAGGCGUUAGAGAAUGCCAUUGGCUUGUACUUGUGCGGUUGGACCAUUUUUGGCUUUUGUGCUUGGAUUUUGACCUUCAAGUCCACGUGGGCCUUCUUUAUCACAUUUAUCUUUGUGUGGACCACCUACUUGUGUCUUGCUCUUGGGAACUUGCUCCACUCCGCUGCCUGGACCAAGGCUGGUGGUAUCUGUGGCUUCCUUUGCUCCAUGGGGGCUUUCUAUAAUAUGUUUGCAGGUAUGUCUAACAAACAAAACAGCUACGUCACAUGCAAGCCAUUGUUCAUGCCAGGUGCCGUGAUUCCAGUUUAA